CAGCGAUCUCCCGGGCGUGGGUUUCCAGGGUCGAAAGGGCAUGCCGGUUGCGCCGACGCUCAGUCUUGUCGAGCGAGGUGUCCAGGACACGGAGCUGAUGCAGUUUCAUGGGUUGUCGAUGCACGACGUGCACUAUACGCGCAAGCUGCUCGAGUUUGAAACCAUGCUGGGCCACAAGUGGGAGCGCAAGCUCCGGGACCGAACCUACAUGGAGCACUUGCCCAAGCACGUCUUGCCGCAGCGGCUCGCAGCACUUGUUGGCCUCAAUGCCGUACUGCUCAAACGCUACUAUGCGCCGGAUGACUCUCUCCUCGUCGCGGGACACAUUGCAACGCCGCAAGGCAGAACGUGCACAGAUAGAUGGGCAGCCAUCGACUGGGUCCGGUACCGUCCGCCAUUUAGUGAGUGGGAAGCCGAGACACUCUUGCCGCGCGCGUACUUGACGCCGCGCACGGUGAUGGCGCUCGGAGCGUGCGUCAGCCUCUCCCAUGCCGAACUCGAAAGCGUACGUGAAGUGACGCACUCGUUCUUUCCGUCGGACCAUGCUGUCAUCCGCGUCACCGAAGCGCCGCAUGCCACAACGUGGCUGACGGUGUAUAAAGACUGGCACCACUUUGGUCUGCGUCCAAGCAGCGCCGGGUUCGCCAUGAACUUUCACGCAACGUUUGAAGAUGCAUCCCAUUUGACGAUUGCGCGCCAAAGCGACCGGACGAUCCUCUUGACGAUGACACUUUCGUCCGGCCUCGUUGUCUCCAUCUCGUCGGACGGCAGCAUUCAGCAAGAGUACGCCAAUCGGACGGGCCAUGUCAGCGCGCCCAACCAGCACGAGACACGCCGUGUCGUGCUCGGUCGAGGGACUGUCAUUAGCUCCCGCACCGACGGCAGCCAGGUCAUCAUGUACGCCAACGGCCACGUCGGGAAGCGGGCGAGUGCCGCCGACGCGUUCUGGACGGUCGAUGAGGGCGGGAGCGUCUAUGCAAUCGCUGCGCACGCCAAGAAGACGCCGCCGCCAGCGUCUGUGCCCAUCGCGCUCGAGGUCGACCCCGAGUCGAAAGCGGUGAUUGCGCACCGCGGCGACGGCGUCGUCACCGUCACGCACGUCAACGGGUCGUACUUGACGCAGCACGCCGACGGGACUCAAAUGCUCGGCAACGGCAGCAACAGCCACGUGAUUGUGCGCAAAGAGGGCUACGCCGAAGUGAGCAUCGAUGUGGACGUCAACCUUACGGCGCAGCGGCACGCCGAGGGCAUGAAGAUUGCCGUCACCAAGGGCGGCAUUCGCACGCGCAGCGUCGUGCGGUUGGACGAUGGGACGACGAUUGAAGUCGACUACGACACGCGCGUCAUCGCGUCUGUCCACGGUAUCCUGCGUCUGCGCAAACCGGAUGGCACGAUCGUGAUUGCCCAAGACAAUGGUCUCGUCGAGUUUCGCCCGCGGUCGCUCGCCACCUCGUCGUAUCCACGGAAGGCGGCACGGGAUGAUGAAGAAGAGCCCGACUCGUCCAGCGGCGCCUACUACUUUGACUGCGUCAACGGCAGUCUCCGCAUGAGUGACCACGAACACAACCAUUUUGACUUGACGAUCGGCGACGGCAAGCACCCGCCGGUGCUCCAGGUCGACCUCGCGGGCGUUGUCUCGCCGAGCGACUGCGCGAACUUUGGCGUCGACCCAAUUGCUGCCAACGCCGUCGUCAACGAUCCGCUGCAGCCGUUCUUGCUUAUUCUGCAGGGCGACGGCACGGGCGUCGAGGUGCUUCGACCAAUGGACGUUGACGACUACCUCGCACUCGAGCGCCGGGACGCCCGGAUCGAGCGAGUGCCUAGCAUUGCCGUCGGUGCUAGCAAUGACAACAAGCUGCACGUGUUUACACACGGCUUGGGACCGUUCGAACCGGUCGCUGUCGCCGACUCGAGCGAGCGGGCGGCCAUUUUGGCGGCGGUAAAGAUCCCGGCACGGGCCAGUGCGUUGCUCUUGCAGCAGCUACACAAUACCGUACCGCUGCGCCCGCUCGCCGUGAGCUUGGUGCGGCGUUUGCGCGAGAUCGUGCCGUUGGACGCUGCGCAGUUUCAAUCGAUGGUUGACGCGCUCUCAGCCUGGAACGCGUGGGCUGCCAAUCGAGAGCUCACAAAGGACCAGUACGCGGUCAUGGACCCGCGGGACGAAGAGACGCGGGCCCAGGCGCACGCGAUGGAAAAGAAGAUUGCGGCAGCGUACAAAGCGACGCGCGCGCGGCUCAAGGCCGAGCGCCUCAAGAAACGCGAACGCGAACGCUUGGCCAAGCUCAACUCGGCGCUCGAGGAGGCGGGGCACGAGCCGUCCGCGGCCAUGACGACGCUCAAAGAGGUGGAAAACGAGGAAGACGACGAAGACGAUGACGACGACGACGAGGCGCACUACCCCGGCAUGCACUCGGACGACAGCGACGCCGACUCGCGCGACGACCUCGAUGUCAACGUGGACGACGAGUACGAACUCCUUCUCACCGCCUUUUCGCACGCCGACACCGAGUCCAACGGCCGCCUAAACCGUGUGCAGACGCGGCGAGCACUCGUGCAUGCGCUGGGCUUUGGUGUGAGCCAGGCCGACGUCAACGGCGCCAUCGAGACGUACUCAGAGGCCUACGACGACACGGUGACGUUCGAGGUGUUUGCGCGCAUCUUGACCUUUAUGAAAGACAAUCAUGAGGAAGAAGCUAAGACGCCGCGCGCGAUGCCACUCGCACGCAAACUCUCGCCGCGCAUGAAACAUCCAUGA